AACAGCUGAAAGCGGCGCCGGUGGGUGUUGCGUACUGGGUAUUGAAGUUCAUUUAAAAGUGCGCCCAAGCGCCUUUUAAGCGCACAGAGUCAUGUCUUUAAACAGCUCCUUUACCACCCCGUUACUUUUGCUUUUAUGUGUUGUUUUAUUCUCAGUUACUGAUGCAGAAGAAUGCGAAGUGUGUGUGGGGUUUUUGGGGCGUCUUUAUAACUCACUGGUGAUCAGACACACAGAACUGUCCCCAGAGCUGGUGGAGGAGGGUCUGAUCAGAGCCUGCGCUGAGACUACUGGGAAAGAGAGUAGACUUUGUUAUUACCUGGGAGCCUCCAGUGAUGCUGCAGCCAAAGUGACAGGUGAGGUGAGCCGCCCCCUCAGCGCACAUGUUCCUGUCCACAAAAUCUGCCAGAGACUUCAGCGCAGGGACGGCCAGAUCUGCGAGCUCAGAUACGAGCGUCCUGUUCUUGACUGGAGCAGGGACGCUUUGUCUAAAAUGCGAGUGUUGGAGCUGAAGAGGGUCUUGGCCUCGUGGGGUGAGGAGUGCAGAGCCUGUCUGGAGAAGAGUGAAUUUAUCGAUCUCAUCCAGGAGGUGGCCCCCAAACACAGCACAGCGCAGCACAGAACACAUUCAGAAGAGUUCUGAGGGCCUCCCUGUGCAGCUCCGUGUUGGGGAGACAGAGCUCUGAUGAGAGGGCCUCCUCGUGCAGGACACACUGCAGUGAUGGGAGGGGCUGCACGUGCAGCUGCGCUCAGGGACACUUUUGAUAUUGCUCUGAGACUCCUAACUUAUAAUGCUUUUCAUAAUAUUCGUUACGAGCAGCCAUGUGCAAUAUGUGCCCAUUUCCCCAGUGUCUCAUUCUCUUGUACCACUGUAAGCAUUUUCUCCCGCACACUCAGAAUAAAUCAUUAAGCUUUAUUAGUUUCAGUGAUUAAGAGGUUGCUUGCAGAGAUGCUGGCUGUUUUUUUGUCCAACUGUUUAAUUUAGAAGGGACUAGAGCUUGUGUCAAGCUCUAAGAUCACUUACAUCCUAAUUCGUACUCCCCUUUAAGAGCCUUCUGUGUUUGCAGCUGUGGGUGAAUUGCAUGUUACUCGUUAAUUUGUCUAGAUAAUAUUUUAAAAGAAAAUAAAAAAG